AUGAAAUUACUUUGCUCAUUUGAUGAGCUGUUCUCAUUUCGAAAGUCCGGAGGUCGUUCGGUAGUCGCAUUUGAUGUCCCGCCUUCACAUCGAAUCAGUGAUAGUGAUAGUACUACUUCUGAAGCAGUAUCGGACGAGCAGGAGCAUUCAACAAGCUCGGGAACUGUCACAUCCGAUAGUUCCGAUGACAAUAACGUUCGCGAAAGUGUCUGGUCGGAUGAGGAUAGCGCUGUUACUGAUAGCGAAGAUGGUGAUUCGGAAAAAGAUUCAGAAUUCGGAAGCAGCCGUCCUAAAAUGGUAACAGAUUUCCUCAGAUUUAAUUCCUCUUUUCCCCAACACACAAAAAUUAAUUCUUCACGAAAUUUUGAAAAGUACUGA